GAAUGUUUCCAAUUAUUUGAGUUGGUCUAAUAUAAGAUGCAUGGGAUUUAGGCAGACAAAAUUCUUUGGGUAUGUCCUUAGACCAACAGCUACAACCUACACCCUUAUUUACAGACAGGCUCAGAGUAGUCUAUAGCAAGAUAAAGUCUUUGUUGGGAAGGACAGUAUGUAAAUCCUAUAUACAUUUAUACAUACAUAUAUAUGCAUUUAUAUGUGCAUCUAUCUAUCAUGAUUCAUGCAUGUGCAUGUGGAUUUGUGUGUAUAUGUGGAUUUGUGUGUUUAGAUUGCAUCUUUUAUGUAUUUAGAGAUAUAUGCCAGGCUUGGCAUUCAGCAGUGCCACUCACAGCAGACAGGGCCAGGCUUGGUGCUUGGCUGGUGCAGCCCCAUCCCAUGAGCCCGGUGCUGUUUGCAGGGGACGAGGACAGGGACAGGGCUGUGCUUGGCUGCGGUGGCCAUCCCCUGUGGCUGGGCUCCCCACUCACAGGGGAUGAGGCGGUGCCAGCUGAGUGGUGAGCCCAGGCCAGCCCCUGUCCUGUGAGCAUUGCCAGGCUCAAGUGACACCAUGGGCUGCACUGCAGGGGAUGGGGCUGUGCCAGUAGAGCGAUAAGCCUAGCCCCAAUUCAUACACUGUGCCUAUGAAAAUCCUUACCUUUCAGAUGGGAAAGCCUUGCGUCAACCUACAGUGUGUUGGCCUAUCCACCGUGAAAUACAGUAAUUAUUUUUGACACUACAAAACUUUAUAACUCUUUUGAAAUAGAAGUAAAUGUUUAAGGUUGCAAAAGCAAUCAAAGCUUGGCAUGACCUGAGUGUCCUAUCUUGCAAAAGUAAGAAGGGUUUUUUCUUUAUUUUUUAAUGGAAUACUAACUAAAAUAAUUUAAGCAAAGUGUCUCUAAGAGCAUACUGGAUUAAAAUCUUUCUUCGAAGCAUUUGCAAGUCAAGUGUUGCAAAAAGAGGGUUUUCUAUUUGUGCAGGAAAAUAAAUGAAACCUCCUAGUUUUAUUAUCCCAGAAGAAAACCAGCUGCAUGUGAACACACUUCAAUGCAAAUGUUUAUACCUAUUGGAAUAUUUGAAGUGGGUGUUCAGCAUUUCCAGAAGGCAAAUCAUUUAUAAUUCAAUACCUGGCUUCAAGCACCCAUAUUAGAAAAUGUUGGCCUGCAAACACUGUUGUUAUUAUUGCUGUCAUUUUUAUUAUUUUCCACAGGUUACAUCUUUGGCAUCCUUUUGUCUAUGGCAGACAGUGGAUAUUGCAGCCUAUGAUGUAGCUGGUUUACAGUGUCUCAUGUGACUGAACUGUCCAAUUUGAGAUUUGUGUGAUCUGUGGCAGCAGUUACAAAUGUAUGUGUUAUGGUUGGGUGGUUCGGGAGCUGCUUGCUUCCUACUGGCUCUUUUCUCUUCAAGUUGCUGGAGCCAAUUUCUGUUGUGGACUUUGAUGCCCUGGUGGAGACAACGAUGCCACUUGUUCCCAUCACUUGCCAAGGUUUCCCACUGGUCAGGAUCAAUUCCAAAUACACUUGCAUGUAUCUUCGUAGCAAAGCUUGGGACCAGCACCGUAUCUAGACACCUGGCAGCCCCAGGCAAACUUUUAGUAUUGGGCCCCGCUUCACCAGAGAUGAUGAUAAUAACAAUAAAAAAAUAACCAUGUCUAAGUCCCCAGUUCGCCCAUGCCUGUGUCCAGUCCCGCUUGUGACAUCCUGCUAUUCCUGUUCCCUCCAACAGUUCCCUGUAUAGCAUGAUCUUGGGUGUGCGUCCAUCUUCCAAUCUGCUCAGAUGGCCUAGCCAGCGUAGUUAUCUGUGUUUGAGCAGAGUUGUCACGCUUGGUAAACCAGCCACAGGUACUCGUCUGUAAGUGAGGCCAAUUGGGAUCUGCUUUGGAGGUGCAGAAAAUACCGAUUCUUCCACAGAAACGGCUGCGGAAGGGAAAGGAGUGAUUAGCAGUCCCCUUGUCCACCUUGUUAUUGACUUGAAAUCACUUCAAGCGGGUGGGCCGGAGCGCGGGCUGGGCUUUGCUCCUGCUGCAUCAAGUCCCAGCUGCAGCCAAAGCAGGGUCGUGGUGGCGCAGCACCAGGUAACGCUGCCCACGCCUACCCUGACACGUGAGAAGACAAAAUCCAGCCCUUGCACUGAAGCCCCUGACCCCUGCUCGCCGGCCCUACGCCAGCGCUCACAGCCGGCUGCUCCGCAGGGCCCUAGCGCCCCGCUUCAGGCUCCCGCGCGGGGAGUGGGCAGGGACCAGCGUCGGGGAGGGGCCGCUGAAAGCCCCGCCCCCCGCGCUCGUUCGAAGGACUGGCGUCAGGUGACCCCCUCCCUACGCCGUGGCUUCGUGGAGGCCGCUCUACCCGCCGCCUCCUCUCGGUGGUGGGCGGAGGAGCGCGCGCUGGGCGAGAAAUGGCGGCCGCGGUGAGGCAGGACUUGGCGCAGCUGAUGAACUCCAGCGGCUCCCACAAGGACCUGGCGGGCAAAUACCGUCAGAUACUGGAAAAAGCAGUUCAGCUGUCUGGUGGGGAACAGCUAGAAGCUUUGAAAGCUUUUGUAGAAGCAAUGGUAAAUGAGAAUGUCAGUUUAGUGAUCUCACGGCAGUUGCUGACAGAUUUUUGUACUCACCUCCCAAACCUACCUGAUAGCACAGCUAAAGAAAUCUAUCACUUCACCUUGGAAAAGAUUCAGCCUAGAGUAAUUUCAUUUGAAGAACAGGUUGCUUCUAUAAGGCAACACCUUGCCUCCAUUUAUGAAAAGGAAGAAGACUGGAGAAACGCAGCCCAAGUGUUAGUUGGGAUCCCCUUGGAAACCGGACAAAAACAAUACAACGUGGAUUAUAAAUUAGAGACCUACUUGAAAAUUGCCAGACUGUACCUGGAGGAUGAUGACCCUGUUCAGGCAGAGGCUUACAUUAAUCGAGCUUCUCUGCUUCAAAAUGAAUCAACCAAUGAACAGUUGCAAAUCCAUUAUAAGGUGGUGUAACGUAUUAUAGUGCUUCCUCCCCUCCCAGGGAGAAAUUUUUAUACUGCACACAAACUUUGAGACACCGUAGAUAAAAUGUGAAACUGCACUUAAGCGCCUUGGGAGCCAGAUUUUUAAAGUUAUUUAAGGACCUAACUCCUCCUUUCUUUAUUAUACGAACAGUUUUUAUCUGCAUAUCUCAGACCUGUUCCUAAGUCUUAUUCCCUUAGACAUGGACAAAUGAUCAGACGAGAACCAGUUAACAGCAGGUGGGAACUUACUACCUGGGCAGCUUGCACUGAAGGAAGCAGGGGUCAGUUUGCCCUGGUUCAGUUUUCACUUAUGAUGGGUUUAUUGUGGGCACAAGAAUAGUUGCCCUAUGUCAGCUGUUCUGUGGUGAGUCCUCAUCUCCUGUUUAAUCUCUUUUAAUGUGAUCACUUGUCUGCAACCAAAGGGCCUAAUGGAUUUUGAAAAUGUUAUCUCAGCUUGAAUAUGUAGAGUGGUCACUAUUAUAUAGUGGUCACUGCUCUAAAAAUUAUGGCUGGUGAUGUGUGGGUACGUGUACAUGUAUACACAUAAUAUUUAAGUAAUGUGUAUAUCAGCUUAAAUUUGUAGUGCAUUUUUUAAUCCUAUUAUGUGAAAACUGCUGUGUAAAUUAUCUACAAUUGUAAUUGAUGCAUUUUAUACCUGUUGCAAGAUUCAGCAAUUUCUAUACAGUUUUUCAAGUCUGUUGCUUUACUUUAAUAGGACCAUGACAUUCUGAUAAUCUGUCCUUUCAAGUCUCCAAAGGAAAAAGGAGAUUUGAACUCUUUCACAGUUUGCUUGAGACUGUAGUAGUACUUCAUAGCUCACUUAAGUGAUUUUUAUGUCACUUUGUUGUACAGCAGCUAAUGUAUGAUCACUUGUCUGCUUCCAAAGUGUUUAAUUGCUUUUGAAAAUGUUAUCCCAGUUUGAGUCAGUAGACUUAAGAUACGAGUCCUCAAUUAAAAUGAUAAACGAGCUUCUCCAGUCACAUUCAAGAACAGAUUAAACGACCGCAAUCAGAUAUAACAAGCCACACGGAAGAAAGUAUAAAAAAAACAAAAACCUUAUACCUCCUCAGGGUUUAUCAGAUUAUCUGCCAAGAUGUACCCAAGUGGGGUGACAGUAUCUGCCAAGAUGAACAUGGCUUGGUGUAUCUAAAUAGUACCAGUGCCAAGCAGGUGCAGAAGGGCAUAAAAUUCUAGGUUGUAAAGGAACCAGACAAUGACAUGUAUGUUUUGUGUGGGGUUUGUUUGUUUGAUAACCUAGACCUGAAUUUAAAACCUCAGUUAUGAAACUGAAUAUUGACUUUGUCAAAAGGGAGGAAUUGUGAGGGGAGGGGAAACUGAAAAAUAAAGUAAAGUAACACUCAGAAAGAGGGAGAACAACAACAACCUAGUUUUGGUACAGCUCAUUGAAAAUACAGUUCUUGAUGUGAAAGGAAAAUGUCACUUUAACAAAGGAAAUAAUUUGUACUACAUUUUAUCUAUGCUUUUAUACUCAAUUUUACUUCUGCCAUUUAAACACUAGCAUUAGGUUGCCACUGCCCACCUCCCUCCAGCUCAAAUAUGACCCAUCCACCACCAGAUUACUAGGAAAAAUAAAAAAUACUAGGAAAAAACAGGUUACUAGGAAAUACAAAUUUCCCUUCUGUUUUUGAAAGUCAAACCCUGAGUCCCCCAGGGCUUGGUCCUCAGGCCCGUACUGUUCAAUUUCUUUAUCAGCAACUUGGAUGAAGGGGUGAAAAGCACCCUGUUCAAA